AUGUCGCCCUCGGAACCGAGAUUUACGUCGCCACUACGUAACACCAGAGGAGGAUCACCGAACGUCAGAGAUGCAACCACGGCGACAGGAAGCAAUACUCUGAACCCGACGGAUAUAACGACGAGAACGACAAGCCCCCGUCCUAGUACACCUAUAUCAGCCACAAUCAACGAAGCACUUCGCAAUAACCCGUUUGGCAGCACCUCGCGAUCCCGUGCCCUCGAAGCCGAAGUACAAGCAAUCACUUCUCUGCUUGAACACGAUGAACGGCGCGCAGAUCUCGAAGACCGGAACCGUUCGAUAGUUAUACUCGCAGCGCUAUUUCCCGAUGUACGUAUCGAAGUAUUUCGGGAACUGUUGAUGCGGUUCGAUGGCAAGAGUCGGCUUCAUGUCUGUGUUGAGCAGUUGCUGAGACAUAAAAAGCAGUGGGUGCAGGGGCGAUGGAAUAUACCUCUUGAUAGGAAGGAUGAUAAUAGUAAUAAUAACAAUAAUGCGGUCGGCCCUGGAUUAUCGGCGGACAACUAUGUGGUGGUUGCUCCUGAGGAACUGUUUCGGAGUGAGACGUAUAAGAAUACCGUCAAGGCGGUUCUGUGUAAAGAGUUCAGUGGAUUGAGUCGGAGUACUAUUGACGGGGUUUUGGCCGAAGUUAAUUUCUCGUACACCCGUGCGAGACCGACACUCAAGGAAUUGUCCAGGAAAGGAUGGCGAGCGACUAUCAGCAAUCUGAAUCCCUUCCGGCGCAAAAAGGAUAAUACCAAAGAUGAUAACCCUCUGAUCAUCUGGGAGCGGUUUAGAGAUGGCGAUGGAACAGGCUUGGCCAUUCCCCGCCUCAGACAAAAGACUGGCUCCGAUGAACUCGACAAUGAGAUACAGGAGGCGUUGAUUGCGCCGCUUCUCCGCGAGCGAAAGGAAACUCAGGAAUAUCAAGAUUAUCGUCUCGCAUCAGAGAUCAAUGAGAAGGACGCUAUGGCCGAGAACGCGCUCUACGAGUGUCAAUGCUGUUUGGACGACGUGGCUUUCGAACAAGUCUCUGCCUGCUCAUCGGAUCAAGGUCAUAUGAUAUGUUUCAAUUGCAUACGACGAACCCUACAUGAAGCUGUCUUUGGUCAGGGAUGGGAUAAUUCCGUGGAUCCAGAAAGAUCAACGCUGAAAUGUGUUGCGCCUGUAAGCCAUGGGGUAUGCGAGGGACAUUUGGAUUCGAUGCUCGUCAAGAGAGCUAUCCUAUCUGAAAAGGCUGGUUCAGAAACUUAUCACAAGUUCGAGGACCGCCUCGCUUCAGAAGCAUUACUAAUAUCCAACCUGAAACUCGUGCGUUGUCCGUUCUGCUCAUAUGCAGAGAUUGAUCCGAUCUUCCAUCCAUCCUCUAUUUCGGCCUCUGGCUUUCCCACCGGAGGCAUAUCCUGGAGAUUUCGCCGCGGGAACCUCAUUUCUACGAUUUUGACGACCAUUUUACUUCUCGAUUUGAUACCCUUACUUUUCUUACCAUUCUUAAUAACAUUUCUUCUCUACCCGCGCACGGCAGCAGCCAUCUUCCGUGUCUCAUUGCAAAACCUAUGUCUCCGAACCCGCAGUCCCCGAUUUACAUGCAAGAACCCUUCCUGUCGACAAGUGAGCUGCAUGACUUGCCACAAAAACUGGCGAGAUCCGCAUACAUGUGAAGAACCGCUUCAGCAAUCUCUGCGCACAACUGUGGAAGCUGCCCGCACUGCAGCAGUGAAACGAACCUGUCCUCGAUGCAAUCUGUCAUUCGUCAAGUCCUCCGGCUGCAACAAAUUGACUUGCAUAUGCGGCUAUUCAAUGUGCUACAUCUGCCGCAAAGCAUUAAACGGACCCUCAUCUCGUCGUCAACAACAACAAGGCGCUGUACGCAAUCCGUUUGUUGCAGGAAGAGAGGACGACAAUAACAAUGCUGCCGAUGCAGAAGCAGACGAAGGAGAUAGCGGAUACAAACAUUUCUGUGAACAUUUCCGCGUCAACCCCGGUACUCGAUGCACGGAAUGUAAUAAAUGCGAACUAUACUUCGCAGAAGAUGAGGAGGUGAUUGCUCGCAAAGCCGGGGAACAGGCUGAACGGGAAUGGCGAUUACGACAAUCCUUGAUGAUUGACAAUGCCAACAACACGAAUAAUAAUGAUAAUAAUAAUAAUAAUCCAAAUAAUCAGAACCAGAACCAGCGUCCAGGGAAACAGAUCCUCAAUGCCAAUCUCCCAUUACGAUGGCAAGAUAACCAAUCUCAGAAACUAGGAAAUCGACAUCCCGAUCUUUACCGUAUACCGACCAUGUACAACCAUCACCACAACCGAUCAUGGCAAUACUGGCUAAUCGAAGUAUGGAAAGAAGGACGCUGGAAAUGGGAACUUCAGGGCAUGGCAGAUAAAUUAGUGGAAGCGAAGCAGACAACUCUAUACAAGUAUUACCGUCGUCGUCUCGAGAGAACUCUAAAUCAAUCCACAGUUCGAUUAGGGCUACAAUACCUGAUAGAAAUAAAAGUAAAAGUAUUCAUUAAACCCAACUCAACAUCACCUCCACCAUAA